GCCCCGUUCCCAAUUAACCAAUUAGUAGACUAUACUGCAAGAAGGCCACUGUUUAAAUCCCAGCUGGAAUGACUUCGACUGGUUUCAUGGCCCCAGCAUGGAGGGGUUCCUGUCUACGUUUCCACCGUACAGCGUCUGCGCGGUCCCGGCUCAGGACAGCGGCUGGGGGAAGCGAGAGGGCCGCUUCAUGAUCCCCAUGCCGGGCCUCAACUACCUGGAGCUCUGCAAGGCCAUCCUGGCCCAGGUGCACCCCGGUGCACCGCCUCCUCCGCUCCAGAAGGCGAACACCCGGGAGUGCGGCGUGCAAGUGAACGCCAAGGUGGAUAAAAUCGUGCAGUGCUCGCUGGGUCCCAAAACGCUGUUCUGCGUGGAGGGCGACCACACCGGGGCCUCGAGGAGCCCCGAGCUCGGCACGCCGGACGGGAAGGCGCUCCACAACACGCCGCUCGGCCAGCUGCGCUUCCGGAGGCCCGUUUCCAUCUACUCGCCGGUGUUCGACCGCCGGCUCUUCUCGAAGCAACUGGAUGACGAAGGAAGCGAAGGAGACUCUGGAGGGAAAGCCGCGGGCGACGAGGCGGCGCACAGCGGCGAGGACCCGGUGGACCCGGUGCGGGACUUCAAGACUACUUUCCCCAGGUCGUUGAAGGGGUCCAACUUUCAGUUCCUGGAGCAGAGGUAUGGCUUUUUCCACUGCAAAAAGUGCAACAUCCGGUGGGAGAGUGCUUAUGUGUGGUGUAUCUCUGGAACCAGUAAGGUUUACUACAAGCAGCUCUGCCGGAAGUGUCAGGUGGGGUUCAACCCCUACAGAGUGGAGUCCAUCCUCUGCAAGGGCUGCUCUCAAACGUGCUGCAGCUGUGAGAAGAAGCAGAGGCACAUCAACAUGAAGAGGCCUCACCGCCAGGACCUCUGCUGCCGCUGCAAGGGCAUGAGGCUGUCUUGUGACGCCACCUACAGCUUCAAAUACAUCGUCUGAACUGCCUGGCAUGCUCGCGCUGGUCUGGGAUCGCCCGUUUCUCAGCGGACAUCCUGAACGUGCCAUGAUCGGAAGUUUCCUCCGCUUACGGACUGAAGAGAUUAAUAUAUGUUCCUGCCGGCGAGUUGAGUGAAUCUGUCUUUGUUGUUAAUCCGAAGC